UCUUCAAAGGCAUUUGUUCUUGUGAAACAUAGGAAAAGGGGUGUGCUUGGUGUGCUUUUGUGGGAUAUGGGGUUUAAUUCCCAAAUGCUGAAGGCUCUAGAUCAAAUCAAACAAGUCAGAACCAAAAAAAAAAAGUUAUGAAGGUCUUUUUUCUUGAUACCAUGGAACUAGAUUUGGGCCCAAUUUUACUCUAGUCAGAAACUUUUAAAAGCCAGGACCACCAUGGAGGUAAGCAAACAAAGUUGGGGAAUUUUGUGGGGCCUCGUAUCAUAUAGUGCUUUACAUUGAUCUGAAAUUGAAUUGCCUACUUAAAGCCCGGGAGCGCUCCGUCUGUCGGAACUCCCAAGCGUCGUCAGAACUCAACCGGGGGCGCUUCAUCUUUCCGUUCCAAUCGGCGAUCUCUUCGAAUUUAACAGCCGAUGGCAAGUUCUGGAACUCCAUCGCGAUUAGAUGUGGAAGCUUUGCAGAAUCUUUCCGAUCAACAGGUAUCUGAUGCAGGUGAAAGAGUUCAAGGAGAAACUGUAUCAAGAUCCUUGGAAACCCCACUGCCUACUUCUAUGGAAAGAACUAUUUCUCCGGUAUCCAAUUUUAGUUCUAAUAGAAAAAACAGGUUACCUCCUAGACAAACUUCAGCAAGGACAAAAUCAUCUAUCAGAACUCAGCUUCCACAGUUCGGCUUUCAGACCACAGAUUCGACAACACAAUGUGACCAGGCAGUUCUCGCUCAGACAUUAUUUUCAGAACAACAACAGGAGAAAACUUCUGCAUGGAGGCCAUCAUCUCUGACCAAAGAUGUGUCCUCUGUAUCAGCACAUAGGACACGCUCUUUACCUGUGACACAAGUUGCCGGUUCAGGUCUUCCAUCUGUACAGGAGAAUCUCAAAGUUGACCCCACUGAUUUGGAUAAAGAAGAUAUUCAGAAGCAAAUUCCACGCUCAUUUUCAUUACCUGGCAAUGUGAAAAGCAGUUUGCAGCAGAUCAAUUCGUUUGGGGGUCUAGUCCGUGUAAUAUCAGCAAACUCGCACUCUACCAUAGGUGGUAGUUCACCAAAUCAUGCUGUAGAAGCAAAUGAAGAAACUCAAGAUGAAGGGGAAGAUAUUCUUGAGGAAGAGGCAGUCUGCCGAAUAUGCUUGCUUGAGUUCAUGGAUGGUAGGCAAGUUCUGAAGAUGGAAUGCAGUUGCAAAGGUGAACUUGCACUUGCACAUGAGGAGUGUGCAGUUAAAUGGUUUAUCAUUAAAGGUAAUAGGACGUGUGACAUCUGCAAGCAGGAUGUUAAAAACCUACCUGUGACUUUAAUGAGAUUACAACAUCCUCAGACUGCUAGUGUCCAGCCACCAGAUGCGCUUUGGCAGAGGCAAGCUAGUCACCACUGUUCCAUUCUUGCUUCUAACAGGUUUUGCAAUGAUGUGCAAUUUCUGGUUACAUUUAGCAUGCUCUUCUAUAUAUGUUUCCUGGAGCUUCUUAUUACAACAACUUCGAAGAAACAGGCAUCUGAUACAGGCAUACAUACUCUGGCUAUAUCUUUGACUCUCGGUAGUGUUCUUGGUUUUCUGUCAUCCAUGAUAGCUUGUUUAGUGGCAAGUGGAAGUUGCAUAUGGGUGUAUGCUUUUUUCCAGUUUGCAGUUGUAAUAUUGUGUGCUUACAUCUUUCAGCAUAUGAAUUUCAGUUAUUGUCUGCAAAACUUACAGCUGAAAGUGACUGCAAUAAUAAUGGUCCUACUGUCCUCAUUCGUCGGAUUUGGGAUCGCCAUCAGUACAAAUACUUUAUUUCAGGAUUACUUGUCACAGAGAGCUAGGUGGUAUCUGCAGUUUGCUCUCCAGCGAAAUGUACGAGGUGGGCAUCACACAAAUUCUAUCGACAAUCUUGAAAUCGAAAAUAUGGAUGCUCCCCAGCAUCAAGAAAUCAGGAAUAAUGCUGGUGUUUAACACCAUGGAUGACAUUGUUUGAUCAUUCCAUUAUGGGUAAUAACUUAAAAUUGUCUCUGAGUACAAGCAUUAUUUAUUGUGUAAUUUUUGAGUUUAUCUAAUACAAAAAGAUCUCAUUUAUGACUCUAAA